GAUCGAUCGGGUUACUGAUCAGGUUCAUUUCUAACUGAAUCAUUAAAAAAAUUUUAAGUGUCCGGUUGUGCCGUGGGGUGGGGUGGGGGGAUCCGCUGUGAGCAGCUCAGACUGAGGAGGAAGAGGAGGAGGAAGACGUAGAGCAGGAGGAGGAGCGGCUCCGUCAGUCCAUCGGUAAACAGCAACGGUCGGUUGGUCGGUGGGUGACGGAGUCAGACGGUCGGUGAGCCGACGGAGGAUACACUUCUAUACAAUCAGACCAGAGGAGUAGCCCCCUGCUGGACAUCAGAGAGAAUGCAGGUCAUGUGACAUAUCACAGAGGAUGGACAGUCAGUGUUAAGCCAGCAUCCUGUGGGCAGGAGGUCUGAGGAGAGGUGAGGGAUCAUGGGUGAUGGAGGACCUCUGCAGUCUGAGGGGAAUGCCCUCCUCAAAGCUGUCUUCCAGGGGAAGCUGAGGCUGACCCGCCUGCUGCUGGAGGGUGGUGCCUACAUCAAUGAGGGCAAUGAGCGUGGAGAGACGCCUAUCUCUGCUGCCUGCUUAGCAACCUACGAUGACCCACAGUUGCGGCAGAGGAUGGUGAGGUACCUCCUGGAGAAAGGAGCUGACCCCAACAUCCCCGACAAGAGUGGCCGGACGGCGCUGAUGCAUGCCUGUGCGGAACAGGCAGGGAAGGAGGUGGUGUCACUGCUGCUGGAGAAUGGAGCCGAUCCCAGCCUCAAAGAUUACUCUGGUUCCUCUGCCCUCGUCCAUGCCAUCAACAAGGGGGACCGCGACACCCUGCAGGUGCUGCUGGAUGCCUGCAAGGCCAAGGGCAAGGAGGUGAUCAUCAUCACCACCGACACAUCUCCAUCAGGCACGAAGAAGACCAAACAGUACCUCAACUCCCCGCCGUCCCCAGGCAUUGUGGACAAACUGACUCCAGCCUGUAUGUCACCCUCUGAGGUGGAGAUUGGCACCUCCUCACCUGCAGGAGAUGAGGAGGGGAUCUUCAGCUUCAAACUCACCUCAGCAUUACCUUUACCAUCAGCUCGACCUCCAGGUGAGAAGAGACCGCCACCCCGCAAGCUGCUGAAACGUCUGAACUCAGAGCCAUGGGGUCUGGUGGCACCCUCGGUGCUGAGUGGGGUUCCCCAGGAUCGGGUGGAUGGCGAUCUGGAGGAGGAGGGCAGCGGUGACCUAAACAAGACGAUCACAGAGAUGAAUGGACUGUCAAUCACAGAACCAGUGAGACCUCUGCUGUCACGACGUCACAGCAUCGAGACGCAUGACCCCUGUUCCCCCAAACUCAUUGACCGGUCUUGCUCUGAGGAUUGUGCAGCGCUGUCUGGUCCAUCAUGGGCUGACAAAGUCCAGCAGCACCAGAUCCUCUACCGCAGGAACACUGCUCCAGAGUCCCAGGAGAAUGCUGGAGGACCUGGGGCAGUUGUGACCCGAGCCCUGGCUCACCCCAAACUGACACGGAUGGAGCACUACGAGUCAGAUACCCACCUUUGCCCAGAGUCAGUCCCCGGAUCACCAGACUCUGGGAGAGUGUCUGUAGAGCGGAGGAGAUACAACGCCUCCCCCUUGUCCCUGGUCACUAGCUCAUCCAAGGAGUCUCUGGAGAACAUCCCUAACUCAGUGUCCCCCAUUACCAUGCGCCGCCGCGGCCCAGGGCUCUUGGAGCGCCGGGGCUCUGGGACCCUGCUGCUAGACCACAUCUCCCACACCAGGCCUGGCUUCCUGCCUCCACUCAACAUCAACCCCCAGAGACCCAUCCCUGACAUCCGGGCCAAUGGGAAACCCACCUCCCCCAUCCACUCUGGACACAAGAUCCUGGUCCCGGUGGCCCCAGCCUCACCCAAACGUGGCCCUGACUUCAAGAUGAAGAAGAAGCUGAUGAGGAGACAUUCGAUGCAGACAGAGCAGAUGAAGCAGCUCUCCACCUUCCAGGAAAUUCUGGCAGAGAAAGUCAUUGAGUCCAAUGGGGAUUGAUGACAGAGGGUGAUGGAGUAAACCAAAGGGUAGCUGCAGAGACUCAUCAGGGUGGUGAUUUACUGUGAAGCUUCUCCAUUAGAUCAUCACUGAUGAACUUGAAUUAAAACCAUGGCGUGGUCUUUAAGGAGAGCUGCACUAACAAGGACUCAAUUCACCUUAGAGGAGUUCAGGUUUAAUUUAGGUUUAGUUUAUUAUUGUGUGAUACUCUUUGAGGUCAGUAUGAGUUUAAUUCAAGCCAACAUGAAAUUUAAUCGACAUAUGCAGUUAGAUUUCAAAGAGGGCCCUGAAGUCUGACUGGAAGCUGCAGAAAUGUACACAUUACAAAACAGCCUAAUCUUGCAGAUGACCUUCCACACAUAAGAUCAUAUUCUCAGGAUUCAGAUUAUUCUGAGAAUAUGAGGAUUUCAUUGACAUGUCUGUGCAGGUUCUCAGUCAUGCAGGUCAUGGUAGUCUUGACCUGAAGGCAACUAGACUUCUUUUUAGGUUCUUGAAGAAGCCUUUCUGAUAAGAGGUGAAGUGCCUUCAAGAACCUAAAAAAGAAGUCCAAUUGCCUUCGGGUCAAACACUGGUAUAUAAGAAUUUAUAGGUAUAUACAAUGUCUACAUGUAAAUGCAGCAUUUGGGCUGUGAGAUGCAUCUCUGCUGCUGCCAUCUUGCUCAGGGACUUUGACUUUGGGCUCUGAGCUGUUCUCCUAGAAAAUACCAGACUUGCUGCUUUCAACAUUUUAAUUAAAUGAUUGUCAAACUGAAGAAACAGAACAUCUUUCAACAUGUGAGAAGGUAUUUUAUCUGCUGCUCUGAAAGUGUUUGAUUUCCUGUAUGAAAAUGAGUCAUGCUACUUUUAAUGUGACUUUUAAUGUGUUCAGUGACACUAAGUCACAUGAAGCUCACAGUAAAUUAAUUUAUCAGGACUGUAACCACAGGUAGUCCUAAAUGAGACUUUUAAUGAUCUCAACAUUUUAGUGUGAAACCUGCAUUUUAAGCUGAACUAAGUAUUCUUGAUCAUAAAUAGAGUUCUGGUAUCUUUAACAAACCAAACUGCUCGACAAUCAGUUUGAAUUGUGAGAACUUUCCAUCAUGUGUAUCUGCAUCUGCCUCAUUCAUGAGGAGGCCCGGCUCCCCCUGACCAACAUGGCCACUGCACUAACAGCAGCGACCAAUGAGGCAUCUAAUAUACACGAACAAAAAUUCUCAGAUUUAUACUUAAACUCAGCAUAAAGAUUCUUCAGAGUGUCUGCAUGCAUUCAGUUCCUAAUAAACCUUGUUAAGCAACUUCUAAGAAUUCCAUCUGUAUGUGACACACCUGUGAUCACCUGUGUGACAACUCCUGGCUGUGGCUGCUUCUCAUAUGGUGCAUGCUGAUCUCACUGGGUCUGCAGAGGCAUAAAACCUUAAUGUUGACUAUUCUGGAACUAAAAAGCACUCAUAUUUAACUUCUUUAUGAGUCAAACAACAUGGAGAAGUACUUUGAGAAAUACUUCAACCUUUCCAUACGCAGUAAAGCUGGCACCACCACAGCUGUGAAUCUGACUGUGGGCCAUAGAUUUGAUACAGUGUUUCAUGUCUUCCAGUAACAUCAUGGUUACUUCUUCCUAGUGUGGCAAACAGAAAAUUACUUCCAUAUUUGAAAUAAAGAACUUUAAUUAAAAUUUCCUGUUGCAUCGUUUCAUCACAAACUGCAGUACUACUACAUGACCAGCAGGAGAUGCACCAAUCAUUUCCAUGCCAAAGGAAAUUUUGAUGAACUGCUUCACAUUACUGAAAUAACCCAGUAACCCAGAGAUUUUUAACAUAGUUACUCAUACACAGAUGUAAUUGAUUUCCAGCGUGUGGCCUCAGAAAAUGGGUUUCACUGUUAAGGCUUUCUCAGCGGGUUGAAGUUGAAACUUGCGGGUGCAGCUCUCCUCACUUUCAUUUCAUUGUCUGGAUGUUUACGCACAGGAAGCUCUUUAGCUUCUCCUGAACUCCUCCUCCUCUCAUCAAUUCAGACCUGAACUGACCUAAAGCAAAAUGAUCAGACUCCUUUGAUGUUUACAGAUGCACAAUUUGCACUGAGAUUGUUUCCAUUUUCCUCCCCCUGUCAGAUGGAGACAUGAACGUCCUGCUGCAAACUCAUUGUCAUUCAUGAAGCUGACAUAUUAUUUAUAAGCUCCUGUUUGAUUGAAGAUGUAUAAAACUACCUACU